GAAACAAUUUUGUUGGUCAACCGCCGCCGUUCAAUCCCAACUACCCAAUUGGCCCUCAAUACCCCACUGGACGCUUCAUUUAUCCGCCUUCUCGAUCGGGUUUUCCUGUCGUGAAUAACGGCAGAAAUCAGUGGUAUAUCCCACAGAACGCAGUCCCAUACUUGGAGGGAUCUGGCCCGAUUCCACCUCAAGGCAUUUACGGACCCACAACCACCACUCACUCGACCGCUCCACCCUUGAUACCGUCAGCGAACCCUCGCAACUAUCAAGGUACUUUUCCAACACAACCAUCUGUCAACCCUGAACUGGUAACAACUCCUGUUAAUUUUCAAUCUCCGACGGAUCUAAUGCCAGGUCAUACAACUCGGGGCUGGUACAAUCCUACCAGCACGGGUAGUCGUGGGUACGUGGGCGCCAGCACUUCCUCGAACGAGGAUACGACAAUUACUACCCCCGAUAUGCCACGUGCUUUUGAAUCAGGAAACAAUCCUUCUACGAAAUUUUCGCCAGCACCAGCAUCUUCAGCUUCUGCAACCCCUUCAGUCACGGGAACCACUCGAUCAUCAGUGGAUGAGGGUCUUACGCCAGACGUUUCGCCUGGAGGGCCCGUUCCGCCACCAUUAUCGACAACGUCAACGUCUUCUCGACCCACAUCGUUGUCUUCAGAAUCCUCCCGAUCUCUAGAAUCGGCUACACCGGAAUACAUUGAAGACAUCUACGAUCACACGGACAUGUUUGUUGAAGAAGCUGUGACUGAGACUGCCCGGCCAACGGACGUCGCUCAGGCCAAUACUACUUACAUUCCUAGACCUGCUUCUCCUCAGUUCGAGGACAACAAAGCCUUCGAAU